AUGGAUUCCGAACAGCACCAGAGUUCUUCCAGCGAUCCUGAUAAGACUCCAUCCGAGAAUGACAUUUCGGAGUCAUCUCAACCCCAUCACCAGCCUCAGCGGACAUUCAUGCUCUUCGAAGUCAACAAUGCCUUUGGUCGCGACGCGCACCACUUCCUCUUCAUACAGCGUGAAUCAAAUUUAGAAGAUCUCGCCUAUUUUGGGGAGAACCUCUGUUUAGACAUCGACCGAGCCCACGGGACGGUUGAAGCCUUCGAGCGAAUUUUUACCGAAACAGACCUCAAGAACAUUCAAGCAUCAUGCCUGGAGAUCCUUGCAGGCUUGUCGGCCAUCAACGGCUGCGUGACCUAUGAAGCCAUCCUAGGGAAGAUAGAGGUCACCGCAUCGGACGGGGAUAUAUGGUUUUACGAUACCUUUGAUGACGAGUGUCCUCAAUGGGAAACGGCGUUCAACAUUGACAGCAGCCAGAUAAUUGACCUAGAGGAAGACACGUUUGUAUAG